AUGGCCAACGCUCGUGGAGUUCUUGCUCUCACCGUCUGCAUGGCACUUGUAGCCUGCUGCAUUGCCCAGGCCCCCGCCGCCGCGCCGACCGCCACCCCGCCCACCUCCGCUCCGCCACCACCGGCCCCAGUCUCCCCCCCGCCACCCGCAGUCGCCCCCGUCUCGCCGCCGCCGGCAGUUGCCCCAGCCACACCACCACCCGUCUCCUCUCCUCCCGCCUCGUCUCCAUCGCCGGUGUCAGCUCCGCCACCGGCCAUUACCCCCACCGUCGCUCCCUCGACGCCGCCCACCAGCGAGGCGCCCACCAGCGAGGCCCCCACCAGCGGGGCGCCAACCCCUACCAGCGGGGAGCCAACAGCAGCCCCCACCCCAACGAUUGCUUCCCCGCCCGCGUCUUCACCGACGGCGGAUACCACUCCUGUGGGGGUGGCCCACAUGACGCGCAGCAGCUUUGCCCUGCUUGCAUUGGCCGGAGGCAUGGCCGCUCUCCUCUUCUAG